CAGAAACAUACCGAGCAGACAGAAACUUUCAAUCAGUUGAAUUCUAUUCAAGAUGCUGGACUGGAGCAAUGUGAGUGUCUACCUUUUUCUUGCUGUUACUAUAUUGAAGUGGACUGGUCUUACUGAGGCAUCUUUACAGAGGUUUGACUCUCCACUAGUUUUGGAUGUUGGUCAACGAACAGUUUCGAAUGAAGAGAAGUCGGCAGAUCUGGCAGCUAAACUCUUACUUUUGGAUGAACUAGUUUCUCUGGAAAAUGAUGUAAUUGAGACCAAAAAGAAAAGAAGUUUCCCUGGAUUUGGAUCUCCACUGGACAGAAUUUCUGCAAGCACCACUGAAAUAAAGGGAAAGCAAAGGAAAGUAGCAGAUCUUCCCAAAAGAAGAUUUGGAAUUCCCCUUGACAGGAUUGGCAUGAAUCGCCUUGCCAAUACCAGAGGUUAACAGAUACCUAUAGUAAAUACACCCUGGAUGAUAUAUAAUACAUCUCGAACAUCACCAAAACCCACUAAUACCUUACAGAGCUCCGGAUCCUGAUUUAUGUUACAUUGAUUGAUGAACUGACCAUCUAUAAAUCUAUU